GUUUGAUUUACGUCAUUACGUCAAACUUUUCGCUAGUGUCGCAUUUAUUUUCGUUUCGUUGCCAAUUAUUGAAUCCCUUAUAGCGUCAUAACUAAUGCUACCAUUCAUAGUUUAGCAAGCGCAAAUAAGGUUUUAAAAAGCACGCUCGACAAUAGUGUAAAAUUGAAAAUGGCGAUGGAGAUGCAACCGUUUCUCCACGAAGUACGAUACGACCAAACCUGGCUUGAACAAGUCCUGUUGCAACUGGGGGAUAUGUUUGAAAUCCGCAUUGUAUGGAACAGUGACACGGCAGUUUUGACAGGAGCACUUGCGCUGGCUGGGGGGCUUGUGGGGGGCUAUGCAGGGGGCAGGAUGGGCGCUGCCCUUGGGGCUGGUAUCGGCAGUGCAGCAGGCCUUGGAGUUUCUACAUAUGUAUCCCUACGAGAAAUCUGGGCCUCAGUGAAACACCAGCUCAAAGAGAUCCUCUUCAUCAUCUUCAACUUCCUGCGACAAAUGGAUCCAGUGGACUACUACCACGCCUUUGAGCUUGUCAUGGCCUGUACAGCGAGUCGGCGAGAACUGGUGAUGACUUUAUUGGACUUCAUCGCUUCUAGGUUGGGCAAGGAAGUGCUUUCCAGUAUUACUGCGGCAUAGGACUACAAGACAGUGUUGGCCGAACGUUAAUUGCAAUUAACUAUUAAGUAGUACAAAUUAAACCAUAAACCGUGAUGAACGGUUACAGUUUAUGGUUCAAUUUGUACUGGUUAAUGGUUAAUUGCAUUAACGUUUCGGCCAACUGCUACAAGAUUGGUUUUUGUAGAAAGUUGUGAAGUGGUAAUGUUGAAAAUUUUAGCAUUGUGUGUAAUUUUAACAGUUUAACUCUAUGAUGGUGCCUGUUCAUAGUAUUUAAGAGGGCAAGAGUUGCAACAUUGCACUUCAUUCAGACGGGCCAAAUAUUCAGCAAGAUUCUUAUUUGGCCGAAUUAUUAGGUAAUGCCGAAUAUUCGGCAAACAUUUAUUAAUAUUUGACUUUUCUUUGUCGUACUAUAAAAAUGAGAGUUUCUUAACCAGGUACUCUCCUUGAUUACGUCUUCACAAACAGUUUCUGCAAGAUGACCUUGGUAGAAUAGUGGUUUUAAGCCAUGUAGCAAGUGGUUGAAACCAAAUUCUGCAUGGCCUUUAAACGCCCUUAGUAGACAAGCGUGCUCUGCCAACCAAUGGCAGAAGCAGUGGUUUAAAAUCGUCUAGCCGCUUGUUGUAAAUGUAAACCACUCGCUUCUACCAAGGUCAUCUUGGAGAAACUGUGGUUGUAUGCCGUCUGGCACAUGUUUAAGACGAGACAUUUAUUGAAUCCAUUGAGAAUUUAAAAAAAAUUCAAAAGUCCUUUUACGAAUAUGCUUCUAGGAAGCGGUCUAGCUUUCUAACUGCUGAUAAAAUCUAUUACAAUUUUUUUUUGUAGAAUAAAGUGAUUUACUACUACUACUGCUACUAGAAUCGUUUUCGUGUAGUAUGUAAGAAGUUAAUACAGAACGAAUAAAUUCAGUCGACUAUUUGGUUCGGUAAGUAAACCGAACAUUCGGUCAAAGUUUCAUUUUCUGCAAAUCCAUGUUACGCCCAUCUCUAACUUUUGGUUUUAUAAUUUUGUAUUGGUAAUUAUUUUCCUAAUGUUUUUAUUUUAAUUUGCCGGAAAAGGUACUUUUCUGUAUAGUAAUGACAUCAUUGGUUUAUAAAACCAACAUAUCUUAAAUAAUUAUAUUAUUUAGCAUCCGACAAUUCGCCUGUGAUGAAAAGUAAUACACGUGUAGAAGUAAUUUCUCUGUGCUUCAAAGCUAAAUUAAUUAAACUAUUCCUUUGAUUAGAUGAUCAAAAGAUAAUUAAAAUACUUUUGUUGUUUAAUAGAUGUUUAUUUUGAUGAUGUAUAUGUUUUUCAUGAUUAUAUAACGUGUAAAUUAUAACGACGGUGGAAAUUUCAAAUGUCGUAAGGGAUAUAGGCCGUAUGUUCCUUACGACAUUUGGAAUUUCCACCGUCGAUAUAUUUAUUAUUAAUUAGUGAUAUUGUAAAUAUUUUGUAAUAAAAUAUUCCAUAUAAUAAAAAUUUCGGCCAUUUUGUAAAGUUUACAACUUAAAUUAAUAAUUUGAAUGUGCCUUAGAAAUGUGUGUAUCUAUUUUAUCUUUAAAAAAAGCCCAUAGAGCUGCCUGAGCAGAGCUGCAUGGGAGAACAAUCAAAUGAUAGUAAUAUUUUCAUAUUAGCGUUUAUUGUAAGAGGUUACUUAUUUCUGACAAUUUUAAAAGUAGAAAAGUUUUAUUGUACUUCUCAGCACUAUCAUUUUAAAUAAAAGUGCAAAAAUAUUGCUACCAAAAAUUUCUUAGACGCAACCGUUUUCUAACAAGUUUUCUUUUUUUUUUAUACCACGUCGGUGGCAAUCAAGCAUACGGCCCGCCUGAUGGUAAGCAGUUACCGUAGCCUAUGGACGCCUGCAACACCGGAGAUAUUACACGCGCGUUGCCGACCCUAACACUCCUCUCCCUCGUUGAGCUCUGGCAACCUUACUUACCGGCAGAAACACAACACUAUGAGUAGGGUUUAGUGUUAUUUGGCUGCGGUUUUCUGUAAGGUGGAGGUACUUCCCCAGUUGGGCUCUGCUCAAGAUCUGGAAUGACAUCCGCUGUCCUGUGCCCUACCACACAAAGCGAGAUGUCAUUCACAGUGCCCAUACCUCUCUUUUGGACGUAGUUUAAGGACAUAUCCGGGUCCGGACGCAGUUUAAGGACAUACCCGGGUCCAAAAGAUUUGUGGUAAAACUAAAAAAAAUUGCUUAUACUAGCUGUAGUAGCUGUUAAGGCCUAGAGUUGGUACUGAUUUCCUUUGACUCAGCCAUAGACUGUUCAAUAAACCAAAGUCUGGUGUUAAAUUGCAAUCACGAUGCAAAAGGACCUACUCUGGGUAUAUUAGAAAAGGGCACUCGCGGUGGUAGUUUUAGCUUAGAAUGUGAUUUAAUAUUUGCUCAACAUAAUUUUACAUAAUAUUUUUACUCUGUCUUACAAAUCAUUGACAUCCACCAGAGACAGGUAUCAAAGCAGUACUAGAAAUAAAUAAAAUAAAUAUCUCAUAUUCGUGUCGCUCUUUUCUUGUGGAUGGUCGCGUUCAAGGGCUUAUUACACUUUGCUAAAUUUAGUGACUAACAAGACGGACGCCGCUAUACAUCCUAUCGUUUCUCACGUAUAGCGGCGUCUCUCUUGUUAGUCACUAAAUUAGGAUAGUGUAAUAAGCUCUUUAGCGUUGUGGUUGAUUAUAUUG